AUGCAGUCCUGGUCUGGUUCCGGCCAAAACGGUGCGACUGAUGGGCACAACUCGUGGCAGUCGGGCUUUGCAUAUCCCAACCAGGGCAACCAAUUCGAUCCCAGCCAGGCGUGGCCUCAGCCGGCAGCCGAGCAGGCCUCUUACUCACACUUGAACCAGCCCGAUCCAUCAGCGUCCGGCUUCUUCGAGGCGCCUCACCAGGGAAAUGCCUUCCUCGCCGGGGGCCUUCAUUCUGCAGCGCCCAGCCAAACCCCGUUCCAUGCUGGCCAUGGUGCUCUUUCAUUGAAUCAGCAGUUCUCGCAGGCAGGCCCCGACGUGAUGGACCCAGCCUUUAGUAAUAUCCACCCCGACUUGUAUGGGCACCAGUCAAAGGUCAACCUGGGUGGCGAUGGAAUCGGCCAUAUGGGACAGGUUCAGGGCCAUCCGCAUGCCGCCUCUCAAGCAUUCACGCAACAUGAAUUCCAAUUCGCGCCCCAGAACGAACAGCUCUACGAUGCGACAGUCCCCUACAACGGCCAGCCACAGCAGGUGUCCCAGUCGGCUCGUCAAGGAAGCCACACUCCCGUCCAGCAGUUUGAUGACUUGCACGGGAGCUUCCCCCAGGGCCACCGGUUUGGACAACCGGGCCAGCCAGCGCCGGUACAACACCAACAGCAGCAACCGUAUCGCCAGGGACAGGCCUUCUCGCCUGCAGUCGGUGGACAGGGUGGCCAGUACCAGCUGAAUAGCAGCAUUGCCUAUCAGCAGCCCAAUCCUCAGUACAAUACCCAGCAGCAGGGAUAUGCACCGCAAAAGGCCAACAAUGCCUACUCUACACCCCCUCAGGGCACGCCAGCACAACAGACACAGGCCCUUCAGCAGCCAUCCGUCCCGUCUUCCAACCACCAGCCGAUGCCAACGUCUGCUGCUCAGUAUGCGGCAGCCCAGCAGCAGCAGAUCAACGCCGGCAUCGCCCCUGCUGCUGGCCCCCCUACUACUGCUCAGCCGGCGACUGAAGCGACAAAGAAGAGGAAGCGCAUGACCAAGAGUGUUCCGGAGCCCGCCGUUCAAGAACAACCGACAUAUCCGAUGGACCUACCGGUUGAGACCACUGCGAGAAGAGACGAUGACUCCGAAAGCCUGCCUGUUCCCGUACCAACAGCCGAGGAAGCGCAGCUCAUCGCCCAAUUUGCGAAGCGGAGCAAGGCCGCGCAGAUCAAGUAUCCUACCAUCAGGGGACUUCCACAUCUCGUGUUCGAUGGCACCAUCAAGCUGCCGGCACCCAAGAGCUACGACAAGUUGUCACCUUGCAUUGCACUGCCGCCGCGCAACGACCGUCCCGCAGUACCCGAAUUAGGGUAUCUGCCUUGUGAGAUUCAGGGCAAAUUCAGCACUCAGUAUCGGCCGUCUGCGGACAAGGGUGGCUUGGACGAGCGACGAGAGGAGGCAAGCCAAUUGUUGGACGAAUAUGACCGCGCUAUGCAGGCACUCGGCAAGCGAAGGCCUAAAUACACCGAGUACCCACAUGCGUUUAAGGAGCAGCUGAAAUCCGACGAAGCUUCGAAGAACAAGGCAGAAAAGAGGGCCAAGAAAGAGCAGGAAGAUGACCGAGCGAAGCCGAUCCGCUCGCCUGUCCGCCCAGCUGAUCCUACCGAAGCUGCCGCCUGGGACGCUAUCGGAAUUGUCCAUAUCGAAGCUUCCGUUCCUCGUACAAAUGCUCUCAUUGCUGGAAGAGUACAGCAGGCUGGUGAAUUCUUCAUCAAGCUUCGCAAUGAGAUGAACAAGGCGAAAUCGGACGUGGACAAUGCCGUCAAAAACAAGGUCCCCGAUGCUGAACUUGCAGAGUUGAAGAAGGAAGCAGAGCAGAAGAAGGAGGCCUUCUAUCGGGCCAUCGACGUCACUCUUGAGCACGCCGACGACGCUGUCCUGGACAACCUCGGUGGCCACCAGAAGUUGGUUCUCUCUCUCAUCAACGCCAUGAUUGCGUCCAUCAAGGCCGGCGACUUCUCCGGGAAGCUGCCCAAGGCUCUGCUGGAGCUCUUUACGCACUUUCGCAUGACCAAGAAGAUUGCCGAGACGCCCAACUUUGAAACGGUACGAAAGAGGUUUGAGGAUAAGGGAGACGACGACGUCAAAGAGAUGGCACGCGAAAUUGCUGCCAACAUGAGGAAAGUCACCAAGGCCGAUUCGGACACCUCCUCGACGGGCUAUACCGGAACCUCGGCGGCGAGUAGAGCGAAAGCUGGCAUCAAGCCAUCUGCAGAUGUGCCCUCAGCGAAACGUGGCCGAGACGACGACGCGGACUCUCGGACGGUGAAGAAGAUUGCUGUAGAGCCUGGCAAUAGUUCUCUGAGCAAGAAACUAGCGCAGCCAAAGAUUCAUCCGCCAGCCACAUCGAAAAUCAUUGCUCCCAAAGCGCCUCCGUCUUCUCUCCUCCCUGGCAAGGCACGGCCCGUUCCGAAGCCAGCAGUCAAAUCCGAGGUGGACAGCCCAUCAGGGUCCGGUGAUGACAGGAGCAAGGUGGAAGCGAAGAAACCAGCAACAAAGGUGGAACCCGGCAAGGUGGUUGCCACCAAAGUGGAAGCAAAGCCUCACGCAUCAAAAGCGUCUUCGACGCAAAGCGCGAGCGCCUUGUCGGGAAUCGCUUCUCUACUCGACUCGAUCAACGCGCCCAAAGCGCCCGAGGCCCUUGUCUCGGUGACGAGAGAGACGAGAGAGUCUAGCACGCCAGAGGACCCAGAGGAAAAGGCCAAGCGGCUCCGAAAGGAGGCUCGUAGGAAGCUUAGGGUCAGUUGGAAGGCCGACGAGGAGCUUGUGCAAGUCAGGGUGUUCCACAAGGAUGAUGAAGAAGACGAGGGCAGGGAGGGCAACAUGAUCCGAGACGCAGCCGAUGACCGUUCCGAAGGCAUGGUGCUCAAGCAGCGUGCCAACGUCGACGAGGAUGAGGACGACGAUGACAUUCCUUACCAGCCUUGGCUGGGGCCCGUAGCGACGGACUUCACGGUACUGCCCGACGACGUACGGAGCAAGAGCUUCGUCACGCGUGGCGGCACGGUGACCUUUGCAACCGACGAGCAGCAGCGAAUCGCGGAAAGGGAGCAGAGAGAGCUGAUGGCCAUCUACACGGACGUCAACGACAUCCCCGCGACGCCCAAGUCUCCUCUCCCAGAGGCGGCAACGCCGAGCCAUGAGGCCAAGACGGCCUAUCUACCCCGUGAACACCCUCAAUUCGAAGAAAUCCAGCAGAGAUGGCGCGAUGAGCAGCAGUACGGACCAGAUGAGGCGCUGCGUUCCGCCAUGAAGCGACUCGACGCCAAACACAGCCCUUCAAGUAAGCUUGACUCAAUUCUGGGUCGGCUCCAGGGAGGUGCGUCGGCGUCAACAUCCUCGUCCCAGCAGGUGCCUUUGAUGCAGAGCCGGCAGGCACAUCUUCAACUUCCGCUCCUCCUGGGGCCCUCAGUAGAGGCGCUUGUCCUCGCACUGCUUCAGUCGGACAAGGUCAAGGCUUGGAGAGAUGCAAACCCGGUGCCCACCGGAGACACUGUGCGUCCCUACAACUACACGGAUCCCACGGUGCGACUCAAUGCAAAUGCCAUCGAAGAGGUUACGCGUAUGUUGAUUGGGAAGCCGUUUCCCGCAACCUCGCCACCAGAGUGGCUUUCGUUUGACCAAGAGAGAAUCCGGGAAUGGUGGUUUGGAUACAACAAGGAGGCUGCGGCCAGGCAGAAGAAGGAGGAAGAGGCACGCGCGCGAGCAGAGGCCGAAGCAAACGCCCUCAAGAUUGCUGCUGCUACUGCCGCGGCCGCCGCCUCGAACAACAACCUCGGCCAAGACUGGGCGGCGCAAUACGCCCAGCAUCAGAGCUAUGCUCCGUACAUGGCGCUGCUGCAGCAGAUGACGGGCGGCCAGCAUCAGGCUAUUCCCCAGCUUGCCGCGGCAGCAGCACCAGCAGCAUCCCAGAUCCCCGACGGCCAGCUGCAGUCGAUCCUCGCAGCCAUCAACCAGCCUCAGCAGGCUGCUGCCGCAAUGCAAGCCGCGAAUCUCACCAGUUAUCUGAACCCGAACGAUCCUUCCUAUCAGCAGCUCUUGAUGCUCACCCAGAUGGCGCAAGGCCAGCAGCCGCCGCCUCCGCCGCCGCCGCCUCCAUCCUAUGACCAUAGAGGCGAGCGCGGCGAACGGGGUGACCGAGGCGAUCGAGGCGAACGGGACUGGGAUCGGAACGAGAACCCGAGAGGAGACCACGGCAAGGAAGGCAGGAAGAAGAAGGGCACGCUACCGCCCCACAAGCCUGCGAACAAAGCUCUGAUAGGGACCAAGCCAUGUACCUUUUGGCAGCAAGGCAAAUGUGCUCGAGGUGAUAAGUGCACCUUUCGACACGGCUGA